AUGGGACUGAAGUUCCUAGAGAAUUGGGGUGGUCGAGCAGUUUAUUCAUGUGAAAAGUGCGGCAAUUAUUUAAGCAAUGGCAGCGAGGUUCUGUCCACCAAUUUCACAGGUUUGAGAAGAGAAUUUUUGAAAAAAAGGUUUGUUUCAAAACGUUUUAGGCGUUACGGGCCAAGCUUAUUUGUUUCGACGCGUCGCGAAUCUUCGCCUGGGAGAGAUUGAUGUUCGCGAAAUGAUCACUGGAAAGCAUCAUGUGUGUUUUUGAAGCAAAAUUCGAACUUUUAGUCAUAAAGAAUCUGGAAAGAGACGGAAAAUACUUUGAAUGCUCCUAAAAAGUACAAAAGCUUCUUUUCCAAUAGCAAAGACAUUCUACUGCGUUCCGCCACUCUGCUAUAACUAUUUCAAUAUAUUUUUAUCAUUAUUUUGAACUUUUUGAAAACCCAAUUAAGACAUUUCUUACGAAAUUUCUUCGAAAAAAAAUAGGAACUUAUUUGCAAAAGCUAUUUUGCAAUAUGAUCGUUUCAAGGACGUUUUGGAUUAUUUUUUCUGAUUUGUAAGUAUUUUAUAAUAGCAAUUUAUGACUGUUUCGAAAUACUUGAAUAUUUCUUCGAUUUUGGUUGUCUUUUAAGAUCCUCUUGAGCUUUUACAGUCAUUUUGAAAUAAAAUUUAUCAAGUUUCAGUUGAACAUUUUUGUAGGUUCGCGAUGCAUUUUGUGUAUGUUGCGAGGCGAAACUCGGAUGGAUGUACGAAUUUGCUUGGAAUGAUUCCGAGCGCUAUAAAGAAGGUUACUAUGGAAACCUUUGCAUGUCAAGAAAAAGUUAUUUUCCCUAAAAAUUUAUGGAAAAUGGCUUGUGGUUCGUUAUUUUUAGGAGAUUUCAAGAAAAAGCGACCUUUUGAAAUCAUUAGAACUUUAAGUGAAUAAAGGGUUCCAUUAUAUUUUUCUUUUUGAAGCUCUUAAACUGGAUUAAAUCUUCGAAAAAAAUCGAUUAUUUUUUUCUUAACACAUUUUUUUAAAGUCUAUCGUGCUUUUUAGGAUUUUAAUCAGGCCCGGAAGACUUAAAAGGUCAAAAAGUUGAAUGAAAGAAAUAUACUUUAAUUUAAAAUCUCGGUGUUUUAUAGUUUGGCUUUUAGACGUUUUUAAAAAAAACGUCAGAAUUUUUCGGCUCUACGAGUGAUUUUUGGCAUUGAAGUAAUACAAAAAAACCAGGUAGAUGUAAAAAUUUGGAAUUUUUCAAGGCGCGAUCACCCUCGAGCGGAAGCUGAUCAGCAAAAGCGACGGCCUGAAAGACGAUCCACAGAAGCCGUUUAACAGCGGAAACCCCGACAAUAUUCGUCGUCCCGAGAACUCGGAAGUCGCCGAGGAAGACCUGGAGGAGGACGACGUCGAGCAACCAAACUUCGUCCGUUAUUUUCUGCCCCCGGCGGAGAAUCAAUUAGAAGACGGCCAGAUGAAUGCUCAGUUGGAGCCGGCUCGGCAUGAAGCUGUACGUUGGAAAUGAAAGAUAAUUUUCGGGGACUUUCUCACUUUUUUUGGUCUUAAAACUACUAGAACUUUUGCUGAUUCCAAAAAAAACCUAACACGCCAGUCCUAUUCUCAUUUUGACCUGAAAAGUCUGUUCGAAAACCCCGGCUUCUUAAGUCUCGCCGGCAGAUAAAGCAUAUCGAAAUAUUUUCAAAACGUCUCGAACAUUAGUAACGCGAAACAGACCCGAAUCGGAAGUGUUGGGACAAUUUUAGUAACCCCUUUAGCGGAGUCAGAACUCUUAAGUGAUCCCAAAAAUUGUCCAGAAAUGUCCGUUUCGCAUUACCAAUGUCCAAGGUCAAACCUUAAGGUCUCGAAAAAUUCUAGGUUUUCCGUUAAUUUUAAAAAUACCUGCCAAUCAUUAUUGCCAUUUUGACCUGAAAAAAUAGGUUCGAAGAACUUUUUUCCUAAGUUAUGCGGUCUAACGUCUUAUUGGAAUUUUCGAUUUUUUUUUUUUGGGAUCCAUAAAUUUAUUUUUAAGUGUAUGCUUGAAUUAGGUAUUAUUCAGUUUAUCAAAAAAACUCGAUAAAUACAAAAAAAUCUGAAAAAAAAACAUAAAUAUUUUUAUUGUUUCUAAAAAAAUUUUUGCAAGAAACGGUUGAAUUUUUUUGCUCCGCUUGAAAAAUCUUGUCUGAAUUUCUUUAAAGUUUAAAAAAAUAAAGGAAAAAAAGGCUCAUUUCCUCGAAUUACAUAAAAAUUAAUAACUUCAUAAAAAAAUCCUUAGAAAAAAAUUGAAUUUUUUUCAUGUUUUUAGAUGUUGGAUAACAUCAGACGGGCGGCUGAGAUGGAGAUCCGAAACGUGAUCGAUCUCUGGGGACUCGAAGAAGAGAAUCAGCAGGCGAUUCUGCUCCCUGGCGAGUAUAAUCGAGUGGGUUUUGACUAAAUUUUCUUUAAGAUAAGGUUUAAAGAAAAAAAGAAUUUUUCAAGAUUUCUUUCUUCUAGAAUGUAUGUGAAGCUGGCCUACAGUUUAUCGCUUCGUCUAUCGCUUUGUCAUCGUUUUUUUGAAAUAAGCAAAACUUUAAAGUACCCUAAAGAUCGUAUCUGGUAUUUCGCUUCUUCAUGGCUUCAAAUAAUAUUUUGAUCACCCACCACGAUUUGAGGCAUUCUAACAUGUCUGCGCUCUCUUCUCUCUUACCUAAGAAGUCAUGAAAACAUGAAAAAAGUACGAAGAAGAAAAGAUUGCAUAGACUUCAGAGUGUUCCAGCUCGAGAAAAGACCAAUUCGAUUCCAGAGAGCCCAAAGAAUGCGGGUCCGUCGGCUCCGGCCGCGGAACAACGCCUUGCCGCAGGCGCCACAACCGCCCGCCCGAGGCCAACCCCUCGACCUGGUCGCCGAACGUGACGAUCACGACUAUAUGCCGCCGAUGGAGCCGGUCUACCCGCCCCCGGUGCCCAUCGUCGAGGCACGUCUCCGUGCCGCCGGCUACAACCCUCGCCGGAGAGGCCCGGCGAUCGUCCUCGAAGACGACGUGCUGCCGCCCGAGCUCGAACGGCAGGAACCCGGCGAAGGAUUCGCCCGACUUCUUUUCAGAAGACCCCGAAGAAGUGGCGAUGAAUGA